AUGCCAUGGCUAAUGGUUAGAGGGUUCGAAGACUUUGCUGGAGACUAUGAAGUAUUGCUGGGUGCCGACACGACAGUUGAAGUGGACGUCGUGAUAUUUUGCACAGGAUACGAAGCUGACCACAGCAUCCUCCCUGAGCUGGAAAUGGAUGAUUAUAGCGUGCUGCUGAUUAGGAGGGUAGCAGACGAAUCUCGUGAUAGCACGGCGGAUCAGAAAGAGGUCGAAGAGGACGUAUCGGAAAAGCUAGACACAGAUGGCCCGUUUAUUCCAGAUGAUCCGUGCUGGGUAUCACUACAUGUUCACCGGCCGCGGCUGGGCACUGUGGUGGAACGACCGCGAGCUGUGGAAUCGGCUAGCUAA